AUGGAUUUCGGAGGCGAUCCCUUGAGGAAAUGGAAAGAAGAGGGAAUGGAUGUGUCUUCUUUGACUAACAUGCCGAUGAACCGCUUAAAUGUGAACGAAGUGCACGAACUUCGAGUUCAGAUGGAGAGCAGUUACGAAAAGCUGGGUAGGACUGAUGAAUUGACAUGUCAGGACGCUUUGUUGCCCCAAGGUGCUAGAAAAUGAAAUGAAAAAUUCAUUGAGAUACGGAGUGGAAUGAACUGGGCACGGUUUUCCUUGGACCCACUUUUGUGGCCUUCCGACCCUCAUUUUAAUGUUCACAUGGGUGACGAUGAAGAGCGCAUGUGUUAUGUUGGCAACUUUACGUCUGCAGUGACGGCUGAAUUAUUAGAAGAGUUAUUUACGCAGGUUGGACCGGUUGAGAAGGUUACACUGUCCGAUAGGAACUCGUACCGCUUCGCGAUGGUCACGUUCGAAGACGAGGAAAGUGUGCCGUUCGCUGUGAGGACGCUGGAUGGGAUCGGCUUAUUUGACACACCACUGAGAGUCAAACCGCGCAACGAUCAGGUCAAAUCUGCUAUAGAUUCUGUAGAAACUUUUCGGGUUCGGUUUUAUGCCCUCCAUCUUAUUGUUUCUAAUUGGUUUUCAUUUGAAGGAAUCGAUUUGACGCGCGUAUUUUUCAGGGAAAGUUAUGGUGAGCGUUGGCACAGUCAUCUGCCUCCGAUGCCUUCGUUGGCGGUUUUGAGUACACUUACAUCUCCACCUCGUCCACCACCACUCAGUUCACCUCUGAAGUACGACAUGUACUGUGAUCGAAGACUGAAACACGAUCGACUUCAACACAUUCUGAUUUCAGCAGCUUUGGGUCAAGAUUCUGCGGAAGGAGAGGAGACGGGAAAUGGUAUAGUAGCAGUUGGAGAAAGCCGAAUAGUUAUCGUGAAGCCAGAUACUCGAACGGUUCAGUCUAUAGGACGACCUGCAAAUACAGGAGAUUCUGAGUGCUCUAUACUUGUCCUCUUCAAAGUUGCCUACUUUUUUUGGCAUUCAUGA